AGCACGCGCCGGGCGGGGGCCGCUGACGUCGGGCUCAGGUGAGUGCGCUCGCCUGCCCGCCCGCCCUCUUGCCCCGAGCGCGGCCCAGGUGGCGGCCCGCAGCUCCAGGUGGCGUCCUGCAGCGGGCUGCGUCGAGAGGGUGAGAGUUCGCGCUUUCCGAAGGAGCUGCGUCCGCCUCGGCCCCUCGAGGUCCCGCCGCACCCGAGAGGAUGGAGAGCCUCCCCCGAGGCCGCAGCAGGGCCCGCGAACCCACACCGGUCGGCCCUCGUUAGCUGCUCGAAAUUUGUGUUUUAUCUGCCGCUUAGGCCUUGUCUCCCGAGCCAGUGGCUUCGUGGUUCCAAAGAAAUGGAAGAAAAGGAGCGAUGUGACCGAUUCCAUUCGGUCCUCCUGCCUUGAGGCCUGAUUGGCAUUUGCAGAGAGAAAAUACAGCAAGAAAAUCGUUGGGUUUUUUUGGAGGGGGUGGAAGAAGGAAAACAAGGUCUUUGAUUUUACAUGGUUUUUUAAAACUUCUGCACUUUGACAGUGGCGGCGAAAUACACCAAUCCAAAAGUUAUCUUUCUGUUGAAAAGAGGGGGAUUAUUUUUCCUUUUGAGUCCAACCUUUUCUUCUCCCCGUGACAAAGCAUAAAUCAUGGACACCAGAAAGUAAGGUGGACCUCAGGAAUUCUCAAAAGACUGAGAAGCUUACAUUCCUCCUCAGGAGGGAAGGGUGGGGUGUUUUUAGCCCUCUCUGGAACCUAAAAGGAAAAACAUGAGUUGCGUGCCAUGGAAAGGAGACAAGGUCAAAUCUGAAUCAUUGGAGCUGCCCCAGGCAGCACCCCCACAAAUCUACCAUGAGAAACAGCGCAGGGAGCUCUGUGCUCUGCACGCCCUCAAUAACGUCUUCCAGGACAGCAAUGCCUUCACCCGGGAAACGCUACAAGAGAUUUUCCAGAGGUUAUCUCCAAACACCAUGGUGACCCCCCACAAGAAGAGCAUGCUGGGAAAUGGGAACUACGAUGUGAACGUCAUUAUGGCAGCACUUCAGACCAAAGGCUAUGAAGCUGUUUGGUGGGACAAGCGCAGGGAUGUCGGCGCCAUUGCUCUCACAAACGUUAUGGGCUUCAUCAUGAACCUGCCCUCCAGCCUGUGCUGGGGUCCCCUGAAGCUGCCACUCAAAAGGCAGCACUGGAUCUGUGUUCGAGAGGUGGGAGGUGCCUACUACAACCUCGACUCCAAACUGAAGAUGCCCGAAUGGAUUGGAGGCGAGAGCGAGCUCAGGAAAUUUUUAAAACAUCAUUUGCGAGGAAAGAACUGUGAACUCCUGCUGGUGGUACCAGAAGAGGUGGAGGCCCAUCAGAGUUGGAGGGCUGAUGUGUGAUGCAGUCCCGCCCAGCCUCCCCUCACCUCAGCCCCCUGAAAUCCUCCGUGAUGUGCUGUGGCCUCUACCGUGGGUCUGCCCUUGCCACUUCCCCAAACAUCUCAUCGGGUCUUUUUUCCCCUCCAAUUUGACAGUGCAAUAGGACAGACAUGUGGACUGUUACAAGAACCAACCAGCGUUACUCGCUCCUGGAAAAAGAAAGUAGGAGCUCUCUGUGCUUAGGGCGAGCUGUGGAGACCUUGGUUUUAUGUAAAAGAGAAAGAAAGGUGGGUCUUAGCUUCCUUUCCCCAUUUCUAUGAGGACUUGACAGAGGCUCUGCUGGAGUUCACUGCUGCUCUGUCUGACUCACCUGGAGAUGCUGCCUCCCCUUCCCCUUUCCUGGCAACCAGUGAGUCUGAACACGAAGUCCAAAGCCCACGGGACUGGUUGGAAGGCCUCAGAACAGAAAGGCCUCUCAGGAAACCAUCUCCUAACUGCAGCAGCUGUACAGCAUGCUGUCUCCAACCCUCUAUGCCACCCUGACCCCAUUUUUAAGAGUGGUUUAUGGCCAUCCUUGAAGUUUUAUAAUGAAAAGUUCUCUAAUAUUC